AUGCAAGCCGCAAGUAGCUCCAAUGGCGGGGCGGGCGUGGGCGCCAAGCGCGGCCGUGGCGGCGCCCCCACGCUCAAUGCCAGCGCCGCACCCGUCGAUCUUCUAGUCGACUCUACUGCUGAGGCUGUGAAGACGCGCUUCCUGCAGUUUUUAUGCGGCUACGGGCAGCAAGAGGACGCGGACGAGGUUAUGGGUCCUGCCAAGAUCAAUUACAGCCAACAGGCCGAGGUUAUGCGCAAUACAGAGACAUCAUCGCUGUUUGUGGACUUUUCGCACGUCCUGGAGUUCGAUCCUGACCUUGCACAGGCGCUACAAGCCCAGUAUUACCGCUGGGAACCGUACUUAAGACGCAGUGUCUUCGAGUUCAUUCGACUCGAAGACGCGGCGUACACAGUCAACGAGGACGCCAACAAGACGCAACGCGAGUUCUUCGUCAACUUCUACAACUUCCAACAUGUAUCACAUAUUCGGGACCUCAGGACCAGAAGCAUCGGAGAAUUGCUAUCGUUCUCCGGUACAGUAACACGGACGUCCGAAGUGCGUCCAGAGCUUCUGUUCGGGGCCUUCACAUGUGGAGAUUGUGGCGGAGACACCACCGGCGUGGAACAGCAAUUCCGAUACAGCGAACCCGCCAAGUGUCAGAACCCGUACUGCGUCAACACGUUCGCAUGGGAGCUUAACACUGAGAAAUCCGUCUUCGUGGACUGGCAGCGGGUCAAAGUACAGGAGAAUAGCGACGAGAUCCCGGCUGGGAGUAUGCCUCGAUCCAUCGACGUCAUUCUGCGACACGAGAACGUCGAACAGGCCAAAGCCGGCGACCGUGUGGUGUUUACCGGCACUUUAAUCGUUGUACCGGAUGUGUCCAAGUUCGCGAAAGCUGGUGGCGAGACUGCGGUGGCUACGCGGACCAAUAGUCAGCGACGUGGAGGAGAGAACAGCACACAGGGAAUGCAGGGCGAAGGCGUGCGUGGUCUCAAGGCUCUGGGUGUUCGAGAACUCACAUACAAGACGUGCUUCCUGGCGUGCAGUGUACAGACAAUGGAGCAACGUUUCAAUAGCAUUUCGAUCCGCAGUGAGUUCAACGAAGACGGCGCCGAAGAAGACGCUGGCGAGGCUGCGCUACAAGAAUUCAGUGACGAGGAGUUGGCUGCAAUCCGAGACAUGCAGCAAGAUCCCGAUCGAUAUCUCAAGAUGGCCAAGUCGAUCUGUCCGUCGGUGUAUGGCCACGACGAGAUCCGCAAGGGUAUUCUACUCAUGCUCUUCGGUGGUGUCCACAAGAAGACGAUGGAGGCCAUUAAACUGCGUGGAGAUAUCAACGUUUGUAUCGUGGGAGACCCGUCCACAGCCAAGUCGCAGUUCUUAAAGUACAUUGUCGGCUUCCUGCCUCGAGCCAUCUACGCGUCCGGCAAAGUGAGUUCCGCUGCGGGUCUCACGGCCUCGGUGACUCGAGACGCAGACAGUGGCGACUAUUGCGUCGAAGCCGGUGCGCUGAUGCUGGCAGAUAACGGUAUUUGCUGUAUUGACGAGUUUGACAAGAUGGAUCCGAUGGACCAAGUCGCUAUCCACGAAGCGAUGGAGCAACAGACGAUCUCGAUUACGAAAGCAGGUAUCCAAGCCACGUUGAACGCUCGGACGAGUAUCUUGGCCGCUGCGAACCCGUACAAUGGUCGGUACGACAAGACCAAGACGCUCAAGUACAACGUCAACAUCUCGGCGCCGAUUAUGUCUCGCUUCGACCUGUUUUUCGUCAUUUUGGACGACGGCGACGAAGUGACGGACCUCAAGAUUGCAGAACAUAUCGUCAACAUCCACAUGCCCACUGAGCUGCAGACCGAAGCGACCGAGAAUGGCGCGUACAGUGAAGAAGACCUCAAGCGGUACAUCAAGUUCGCACGGACGUUGAACCCCGUGAUCACACCGGAAGCCAAGCGCAUGAUGGUGGCGUGUUACCGAAGUCUGCGUGAGAACGACGUGGUGAGCAAUGGACAGACCAACAUCGCGUACCGUAUUACAGUACGACAACUGGAGUCGAUGAUCCGAUUGUCCGAGGGCUUGGCGAGACUCGAUCUGAGCGAGACCGUGCUGGUCUCGCACGUACAAGAAGCGUAUCGACUGCUCAGCAAGUCGAUCAUCCAUGUGGAUACGCAGAAUGUAGAGCUCGAGUUGCCUGUGCCUGCUUCGUCUUCGCUCUCCUUUGAGCGCUUUGCGAGGAUCCAGAAGGCUAUCGGGCGGUUUAUCCGCGAGAAAGAAGAGGAAGCGUUGAGUGCCAAACUCGCUCGUGACGCCAUCCGAGCGCAGACUGAACAGAAGGAAGAAGACGAGGACGAGGACGACGCGACUGGAGUGCUGCAAGGUGAGCUGGUGACGUGGUACUUGUCCUCGCAGGAUAUCACGUCGGAGGCGCAGCUCUCGCGUGAGAAGCAAAUGAUCUGCUCGGUCAUUGACAAGUUGCUGCAAGAUAAAAUCUUGUCGGUGAAAUUGACCCCUGAAGAGAAAGACGUUAAGAACCAGCAGAGGUAUUUAACAGUGCACCCCAACUACGCCUUCGAGUAG